CUGUUCACGCGCGCGUGCCCUCCCCAACUCGCGCGACUACAGAGUCGCUCCAGCCUCUGAUUCAAAGUAGUGUAGACUUCUUGCCCGGCUCCAGCUGUCUCUGGUCUAUCCAGGAAUGAGAAGCGAUGGCCGGCUCUGCCAACGAGGAGAAAACCUACAAGAGGUUCUUGGAGCUCUUCCUGCGGGAGAUGAGGCCACCUCUCCAAGAGGACGUACCUCUACCCAUGCGCCCCUUGUCGGACCUCAUCUCGGAGGACGAAGUGGAAGGGGAAUGCCUCGACCUGUGUCUCCAGCACCUGUGUAAAUAUAACUGCCCUUUCUCCUUGGCGGCAGCUCUGGCCCGUGGUACAGCAGACAGUAUCCUGCAAAGCGAUCUCUCUGGGUACCAUCUCAACAAGAGUGUGGAGGACGGAACAGACACGCUGCCUCAGAUUGAUUCGGUGAAGCUGGCACGGCUGAUCUUUAAUAAGCUGUGUGAGACGUGCUGUCAAUGGCUAAAAGAGUUCCCGUAUCGCCGCCGCCACUUGCCAUACUACGAGACCUCCAUCCAUGCUAUUAAAAACAUGCGUCGAAAGAUGGAAGACAAACAUGUCGUCAUUCCUGACUUCAACACGCUCUUCAAUCUACAGGAUCAGGAAGAGCAGGCAUUUUUCGCCGUGUUUGAUGGUCACGGCGGGGUGGACGCUGCCAUUUACGCCGCCAAUCACCUACACGUUAACCUGGUCAGACAGGAAAUGUUCAGUCAGGAUCCGAUAGAGGCCCUGUGUCACUCCUUCAAACUGACAGAUAAGCGAUUCAUACAGAAGGCAUCACGUGAGAACCUUCGCUGUGGCACCACAGGGGUCGUGACCUUUCUGAGGGGUCGUACACUGUACGUGGCCUGGCUAGGCGACUCACAGGUCAUGAUGGUGAGGAGAGGUCAACCGGUGGAGCUGAUGAAACCACACAAACCAGACAGAGAGGAUGAGAAAAAGAGGAUUGAGGCUCUGGGUGGGUGUGUGAUCUGGUUCGGCACAUGGAGGGUGAACGGCAGCCUGUCCGUGUCAAGAGCCAUAGGUGAUUCAGAACACAAGCCGUAUAUAUGUGGUGAUGCAGACUGCGCCACCUUCAACCUGGACGGCAGCGAGGACUACUUGAUCCUGGCCUGCGACGGCUUCUACGACACCGUGAACCCAGAUGAAGCCGUGCGAGUGGUCAGUGACCACUUGCAGGAGAACAACGGGGACACCUCCAUGGUGGCCCACAAGCUAGUGGCCUCAGCCCGAGACGCGGGAUCCAGCGACAACAUCACGGUCAUUGUGGUGUUCCUCAGGGACCCCCGUUUGCCCCCACCCUCAGAUGAACCGGAGGAACAGCAGGAAGAGGAGCCGGUGGAGGACGCGGGAGAGGAGGAGGAUGAGGAAGUGGAGGCCUUGCAGAGUGAGCUGGUGUGUCAAGAUGGAGGGGCGGAGAACGGAGGAAAGAACCGGGGCGGCUGGCCACUACAACAGUGCUCGGCGCCUGCUGACCUGGCCUACGAAGACCGCAUGGAUUCGUUUACGGACAGAACAAGUCUGAGCAUCACGGGGCCGGACAUGCGAGCAGAGACUGGCUGCUUCAGGCUCCCAGCUUCAUCCGGCCUGCCCCCAAUGAGAACCAUCACGCCAGACUUCAUACCCCGCUACGGCGGGGCCGGCGCGGCCUGGCGUCCCUACCAAGAGGAUGGCCCCACUGGCUACAGGCAAAAGCCCCAGCCUAAACCCACAGUGCCCUCCUACACGCAGACCACCUCAGAUGGACAAUUGCUGGAGGUGGCUGCGCUCUUCCCUCAGGAGGGCCGGAGGAAGAGGCGGCUGGAGGUCAUGCCGCUGAGGAGGGAAUCGCAGAGCCUGAUUCGGAGGGCCAGAGAAAGCCACGGUCCUCUGAGCUGCUUCCCUAGCGUGCCCUAUCCUCUCCGCUCCCCAGAGAGGAAGCCUGGGAUAGCCUUUCCCCAUGUAACCCACAGCAAAAGGGUCUAAUCGACAACUUCCUUGCCCCGUCAUGCCGCCCUCUGUCCCUGAGGCUGAAACAUACUCAUGCAGUGGGCGCACGCACACAUACAUUCACGCUCUGUUCCAAAACCUUGUGAGCACACAUAGGCAGCAUUUUAAGGCACCAUUCAGAUGGAAAGAUACCUCAUUUUGGACAAAUUCGAAGCGAUAGUGACAAACUUGGUGGACAAACGAGAGAAAUAAAAACGGUUUAAUAUAAUUAAAACCUGACUAUUUUAUCCAAUAUUUGUGUGUGUUAUAUAUUUAUGCUUAUCACAUUUACCAUUGCUCAGUGAAAUUUAAGCCACUUUUCCAUCGAAAUUACCCAGAACAAUUUGUCCCAGGAACUUUUGCCGUCUGCGUUUCCAUUGCGGUCUAAAGUACCGGGAAGAUUAAAGUCCGGUGACGUAGGACUGUGCGCGACUUUCCAGUUGGAUUUCAUCCUCCGCAUAUAAGAUUAAAAAUAUAUAAUAAAACCCAAACCUUGUCGUCGGUCCAUUGGUCGUAUUUUUUUAAACUCCAUUGUUGAUUCAAAUAGCAAACAACUCUUACUGCACGCACGCAACAGUCUUUUAAAAAUGGUGGUUGAAAUAAAACGCUCAACCAAUCAGAAUGCUGCGUGAACUCAACCAAUCAGCAUGUUCUGCGCUCAAGUCCCACCUCCGAAAGUUCCAGAACUUUGAAAAAGUACUACCUCGCCAGCAGGUACUUUUUGAGGGGGAAAUUUUUACCCAGAACUUCAUUUAGAACCUGGUUCCUGCAGUCGAAACACACCGAGUACCACCACAAAACCCCAAGUUCCUGUGGUGGAAAGGUGGCUUUAGCGGGCAAGAUCCAGUCAUUUCAAUAGGAAUCCACGCGAUCGAGAGUUUCGUGCGAGGGCGAAAAAGCUCAUGUUUAUGUUGGUCAUGUGAAUUCACUAUGAUGAACAAAAGACAUCUGCUUAGAUUUAAAGUGACAGCAUUUUAAGGCACCCUUCAGAUGGAAAAGAUGCCUUGUUUUGGACAAAUUCUAAGGCAGCAUUGCAUGUAUCCUUGUGAUCAAAGAGAGAAAUUAAAGUACUGAAUAAAACAGUUUAAUAUAAUUAAACCUAGACUAUUUUACCCAAUAUCUGUGAGUGAUAUGUAUUUACUUAUCAGAGAAUAGUUGCGGUCACAUUUACCAUUGCUUGGUGAAAUUUCGCAAGCGAAAUCCAGUAAUUCCAAUAGGACUUUGCGCAUUGGGAGUUUCAUGCGAGGGCAGAAAAGUUCACCAUGCAGAUUUGGUUAUGUUAAAGUUGGUCAUGCAAAUUCGCCUUGUUGACCAAAGGAAAUCUGCUUGGUUUGAAAGUGACGUAAAUGUGAGCUGUGCUUCAUACGUCUCAACACUACAAAAUUUAACUGAAAUUUUGCUAAUGUAACCGUACCUUGUCAUGUUGUUAUGUAAGCAACACGCUGACAGCAAACCCUACUGAAAUUCCUUUGUGCGCAUUGCUAUUUGUGUUACUGCCUAUGCACAGAGUCCAUCGAGUCACUUUUGAGGUUUCACAAACUGCUGUCUAUGUAGGGAGCAGGCAGCUAGACAGCUCACUGGGUUCUGGAACAGAAACACACACUCAAGCAUAUGAGAUACUACAUUGCAUUAACGCUUCCACUUUCAUCUUAUAUGAGCCAGCCUAUUGGAAUCCUUCAUUACUCUCAGCCAGCUUCCUCCUCAUUCUCAUUACCCUCUCUCUGGUCCAGUCUGGUUUGUGUGUGUGUGGAAAGAGUGUUAACACUAUCCUCUGUUUACACACACACAUAAUUAAAGUUUUACGUAAACCCAGUGUAGAAGCAAGCAGGUGACUGCGAUCAACAAUAGUACAGAUCUUAAAUCUGAUAUCUGAGGUGAGAGACAUGAUACAGCUCUUGGUUAUUAAAGCCAUUUUAGCCAUGUUCAGACACUACAACUUCAGACGAACACAAUCACCUCAUAGACAUCUUUUAUUUAUUUUUUCCUUAAGCGUAUACUGUACGAACUGGUUACUCGAUGGUGUGAUGUCUAUAAAUUGCAGCUUAAGAAUCAGGCAUAA